GAGAGAGUGAGAGAGAGAGUGAGAGAGAGAAACGCUGGAGCCGCAGAACACCUGAGAAUACCUGCGGUGGCUGUGCUGAGCAGCAGGCGCGUCCCCCAACUCCCCAGAGUAAUGUCAGGCUGGCUGAAGGAUGGAGAGGUGCUGGAGGGUGAGGGCAGUGGUCAGACAUCUCCAUGUACGCCCAGGCUAAGGAGCCCCAUGCCAGGCAGAGGGGGAAGACCUUCCCCUAGCAGUGGAGUGAACAGAGACCAGGCUCCAGGCCCUGUCCAACAGGACCGCAUGAGUAAAGCCAAGGAGCUGUUUGAGCUGUGUGACAAAGAGGGCAAGGGCUUCAUCACCAAGAGAGACAUGCAGCGGUUACAGGGAGAGCUGCCUCUGACCCCAGAGCAGUUGGAGUCUGUGUUUGAGAGUUUGGAUCGAGACAGAAAUGGAUUCCUCACUCCCCUCGAGUUUCACACAGGCCUUGGGGAGCUGGUAGGAGUGGAGGAGUGUGAGGAGAAGGAGAGGGGAGUGGAUCCAGCAGAGAUCAGAUUCACACAGACUCUUAUGGAGCUCGGAGCAGAUAAACUCUUUAAAGAUCAGUGGGAGCUGUGCUCUCUGUGGUGUGAUUUGCAGAGGGACAAACCAGAGUUGUUGAGUGUGCUGGAAGAAGUUCUCUCUCAUGCCGUCGCUCAUCUUCAGGACUCACUGAGGGAGAGGGACAGUUUGGAACAGGCACUGCGCAGGCGAGAGGAUGACCAUGACAGAAUGGUGCGCUCUCUCUAUGAAGAUCUGGAGAGCCAAAUCAAAGAAGAGAGAGAAAAACGACAGGCUCUGGACAGUGUGAAGCAGGGAGAUAGAAGGGAGCAGCUGCUGCUGGAGUUGAGGACACGAGAGCAGGAACUAGAGUUCACACUUACCAAACAGAAAGAGCUGGAGACUAGGAUCGAGGCGCUGGGUCGGGAGCAGAUGCUCACGCGGGGGCAGAACCAAAAGCUGCAGCAAAUGAAUGCUGAGCUGCGGGAUCAGCUGGAGCAGAGCCGGGAGGAGCUGCAGAGAGCCCUGGGCCAGCUACAGCUGCUGCAGGACACGAUCACACAACAGCACAAGGGCAAGCAGAGGGAAGUGCUGAAAGUCUCCAGAAACAUGCAGAAAGAGAGAGAGAGCCUGAUGAGGCAGCUGGAUCUGCUCAGGGACAUGAACAAGCGCCUGCGGGAUGAGAAAGAUGCACACCAGGAUCAGAAGAGGACACCUAAGAUGAAGAGACCUUUAGAGAAGAAAGGAUCAAUAAUUGGGGAUUAUUUCCUGGCCAAGAAGCCUGUCAGCAGGCAGCUCAGUUUUGCCACUCAGUUGAAGAAUGGCUCACCUGAUGUGAUCCCUGCAGCAGAGACAACACAACUAUCAGAGAGCAACCAGAGAGCUGUCACGCUACUAGACAGCAAAACGGCUGACCCUCAGCGUGUGUUUAAGGUGGUGUUUUUAGGCAGCUCAGGAGUGGGCAAGAGCUCGUUCAUUCACCACUACUGCAGAGGCCAUUUCCCUAACAAAAUGAGCGCUACUGUAGGAAUGGACUUCCAGGUGAGGAGUCUGGAGCUUGGCUCCACCCAUAUUGCUCUUCAACUUUGGGACACAGCAGGACAGGAGAGGUUCCACAGCAUCACUCAGCAGUACUACCGCAAGGCCGAUGGAAUCCUGGCCAUGUAUGAUGUUACUCAGGCCACCUCGCUCACAGCACUGCGCAACUGGCUAGACCAAGUUCAGAAAAACAUGGCUGAGGGAGCAUGUCUGAUGUUACUAGGCAAUAAGACGGACAUGGAGGAAGGGGGAAGGAGACAAGUGACCUCCAGACAGGGCCAGAAACUGGCUGAGGAGUACCAGGCAGAAUUCUUUGAAUGCAGUGCUAAGAGUGGCCAUAAUAUACAGAGGUCCAUGACACACCUGGCUCGACUGAUGGCGGCACAGCAAGAUAAACAAUGUGAGUCUGCCCUACAUCUUCAUGACAACUCCAGCAACAGAGGGCACUGUUGCAAAUAGUUAGAGGAGCAGCGUCAUGUGAGGAUAUAAAACCCAGUCAGCGGGUCAUGGAACUUCUGACGGAGGCCUGCAUCACGCCAGAAAGAACACGACCUGAUCUCAGAGCACUAAUGGAACAAGUGGAAGUUCU